GUUUGAGCAGCAGAGGCCAGAGGCAGCAGAAGGAGAGAGAGAGAGCUUGUCUGUCACUGCGUUCGAGGAUCCCCCCUCCCCCCUGCAGCAGGAGCGCCGUGCCUCUCUCCCUGGGAGACUAAUCCAAAGAAGCAGGCAGUGCACUGAGCGGAAGAGAUUGGAUCGCCAUGGGAGUCCCCGUUCAUGGAUGUGUGGCUCUGGUGCUGGUUCUGGUCCUGACCCUGGGGCUGGAGGAGCUGGUGGAGGGGUGCAGCUGCAACCCAGCACACCCCCAGCAGCAGUUCUGCAACUCUGAGAUAGUCAUUCGAGCGAAAAUUUCAGGGGAGAAGAUUGUAUCUCCAAGCAACAACUCCUCGCCCUACCUGAAAAUGAUCCAGUAUGAAAUCAAAUUAAUCAAGAUGUUUAAAGGCUUCGAGAAGGUGAAGGACAUCCAGUAUGUCUAUACACCUGUCUUCUCCUCCCUCUGUGGGGUUAAGCUGGACUCCAGCAACAAGGUUCAGUACCUGUUGUCAGGGAGCAUGUGGAGUGAUGGGAAGGUCUCCAUUGGACUGUGUGACUUCAUUGAACCCUGGGACAACCUCUCCAUGUCCCAGAAGAAAAACCUUAACUACAGAUACCAGAUGGGUUGUGACUGCAAAAUUGCUACAUGCUACACAGUGCCCUGCUCCACCACCACGGACAACGAAUGCCUGUGGACGGACUGGCUGCUGGACAACAGCCUAAGUGGGGAUCAGGCCCGGCAGUUUGCCUGCAUCAAGCGCAGCGACGGCUCCUGCAGCUGGUACCGAGGGGGCCCGCCCCCUGAGAAAGACUUCAUGGACAUGUCUGACCCCUGAGCAGGAGGGAAGUAGGGGCGCCCCCAAAUUUCCCCCGAAGGUGUCUUCGGGGCCCUCUGCGGUGCUCCACAGAGACACUGUAGAAUCUCUCCCUCUAUCUCUGCUCCGCUCCCCGGGAACUCUCUCGCCACUCAGUGCAUCUUUUUCAUUCUGUCCGGAGCCCCAUGGUCCAGCUCAUCACUGGUAUGAAUGUAUUGAGAAAGCAACCAACCAGAGGCCGGACUUUUCCCAUGUACAGCUGUCCUGAAGGCAAUUUGCUUCAGAGAGACUUGAUUCAAUCAUGUCUGGGUACCUUAAUAUUCUUAGUGAUAAACUAGUACCCCUUGUGUAUCCUUCCUUUGUGUAUCCUUCCAGUGAUUCCAUUCCAGGUGUGUGUAUGCGUUUAUUCAUACACACAAAAUGAAAAUACUUUCACCAUGCCAUAAUGUCACUUAUUAAUUGUCAGUAAAGGUUGCUAAUCUUAAUGGCUGACCAAAUACGUCUGCUUAAGAUCUUAAUAUCUUAUCUUUGAGAAACAUGUCUAGGGGCAGCACCCAGUUCAAGAUGCCCUGAUUGGCCAAUAUGACAUAUUUGUUCACAUUUAUAUAUAAUUUGAAUGAAUACAUCUAUAUAUGAGUUGGAAUGGUACUUUUACACACACAUUUCUAUGUGCUUUAUAAGAAUGUAUAUAUUUGUGUGGUAAUUAACAACAUAAAUGUUAACAACUAAAAUAGAACAUAGUAGUCCUUUGUAUAGUUGACAGUAUACCCAGUACAUACCAUAAUUGAUGUUUCCUUGAUAUUUUCACUUUGUGUUGCAUUGCCUUGUGUUCUUAUAUAUUGUGCCCUGUAAAACUUUUUUUCUUGUGCCAAAAAGCUAAUACAUUGCUUUAACAUAAGCACCAG